AUGUUUCCACUCAUUGAUCAUCAACCGAUCCCCAUUAAUUCUUCAGCUGAAACUCGGGAGGAUGUCAACCAAAAGGAUUCGUUGUCGCAAGAUGUCAAUUCAUCGGCCAGGCAACCGAACUCUGCUCCCGCAGACAAGGCUUCUAUUAUUAAUGCUACUCUGAUCAGCCCUGAAAUACAACGUGCAGAGGCCGUUUACUCUAGACAGCGCGAAUUCCUUGAUCUUAAAGUUGAUAAGUCUGUUAAUCAUAUUCAAUCGCGUCUCUUGGAGAAGUUCCGCCGAAUGAACGUGACAAAUCUGAAUCAGACGAAUUUCAUGCUAAGCAAUAUCAUCAAGGUGAAUUCAGACGCUUAUGCCAGGCUAAAAGCGUCC